AUGCCCUCGUUAGCCGAAUUGACCAAGUCACUGAGCAUAGCCUUUGAGAACAGCGAUUAUGCCACGUGCGAGAAAUUCUUGCCCGCUGUCAAGAUCGAACUUAUCAAGAAUAAUCUAUUAAUACCGGAUUUGUCCAUCCAAAAUGAUAUCUACUUAAACGACCUGACUAUCACUAAGAGGAUUCUAGAAGUGGGCGCGCUCGCCAGCAUCCAUACCUUUGAUUUCGACAGCUUCGACAACUACUUCAACCAAUUGAAGCCCUACUACUUCAGCAACAACCAUAAAUUAUCCGAAUCUGACAAGAAGUCGAAGCUGAUAAGUUUGUAUUUGCUGAAUCUGUUGGCUCAGAAUAACACAACCAAGUUCCACUCGGAAUUGCAGUUUUUAGAUAAGCACAUUAAGAACUUGGAAGACGAUUCGCUCUUGUCCUAUCCAAUCAAGUUGGACAGAUGGCUCAUGGAGGGCUCCUACCAAAAGGCAUGGGACCUUUUGCAAUCCGGGUCUCAAAACAUAACGGAAUUUGACUCCUUUACUGAUAUCCUGAAAUCGGCCAUAAGAGACGAAAUCGCCAAGAACACUGAACUGUCCUACGACUUCCUCCCUCUGUCUAAUAUAAAGGCUUUGCUCUUCUUCAACAACGAGAAGGAAACCGAAAAAUUCGCACUGGAAAGGAACUGGACCAUAACCAACUCGAAAGUUUACUUCAACAACCAAUCAAAGGAAAUGGCGACUGAGGAGGAUGAAGUGAUGCAUGAAGAGGAUCAAAAGACAAAUAUUAUUGAAAAGGCAAUGGAUUACGCUAUAAGUAUCGAAAAUAUUGUGUAA